CUCCUUGAAUGUUUUUUUUGAACUGACGCCCAUGUUCCAUCCAUCCAUCCAUCGAUCCAUCAAUCCAUUGCAUACGCCUGUCCCGUCCUUGACACGCCGCACCCAGCCAGCCAGCCAGCAGCCAUACCAUGCAUUCGACACAUGUAUGUUAUCUCUCUAUCACUUUCUCGCAUGAAGACCAUUCCGGCACACGCACACCCAGGCAGGCAGCCAGAAAAUGACACGAGAUGUAAGUCGGUGCCUCUGUAUCUUCUGUUCGGCUUCAGAAAGACGGUUCUCGACAGCCAAACACAGCCAGCAGCCAUUCACCCCACAGGAAGAAGUGAAAGCGAUAGCCGCACAUACGUCCAGGCAGACCACACCCAAUGCAGUCAGUCAUUCGUGUGCAUGUGUGUGUCGGUUGCGACCCCCACCUAACAGCGGGCAUCCCAACAAACACCACACAUCCAUCCGUCCAGGCACACACACACACACCCCGCCUCUAGAUGCCCCCUAUCUGCCGGGCGCCCCGCUGUCUCAUCCGAAGAUGUUGUUAGUGCUCGUGCUCUGAUGCACACACGCACACACAAGCUCACCCUCCGUCGCCCCAUUCAUUGUGGUUGUGAAGGCUUGCUUACGGCGGGUGGUGCCCUGAAUCCGCCCGAUGGGAUGCCGGCGGCCCGCGUUGGUGCGAGCACGGCCUUGAGGUCGUCGCUGGAGUUCAUGAAGUUGCCGAACAUCUUCUUGCCCGUCCGCGGACGCACCUCGCCCCCAGCUGUCAUACCCAUGGCACCCAUGGCCAGGCCGCCCAUCCCAACACCGCCCCCCACGCCACCCGCGUCUUCCUUGCGGCCAGCGGGUGUGAGUGUGGUGGUCUCCGCUUUGUGUUCGAGCACGGUGGUGGUGUUGGUGGGCUUCUCGGGCGGCAGCACGGAAGUGUCUGUGUCGUAGGUCAUGUGGGCCACGGGGUCGGCGGGCUUGAUGUAGGGCAACUCGUCGGCGGUGAACAUCUUCUUGUUCGAAAAACGCUCCUAUACAACAACAGCAUAUAGAGAUAGAGACAGACACUGCGUCGGUCGGUCUGUGGGGUGUUUGCGUGUCUGUGUGUGUCAGGUCAGGUACGGGUGGCUCCUUGACGGUGGGCGGUUCGACUAGUUUGCGAGUGGGUUUGUACGGCUCGGCGACCACCUUGGGAUCGCGCAUCUUCUCGGGGUUGAACUGCGACUCGAGCAGCGCCUGCAUGCGAGACGACUCCAACUGCACCAACUUGCUACCGCGGCCAACACCCUCUUCGCACAUGUCACCUAACAUAAGGCACGCAGUAUUUGCAGGGGGUGAGUGUGUGUGGUAAUGUGCCUGAUGGUAUGUGCGCACCGCACCUAUCUGCUGGCCGUCGAUGUUGCCCUGUAUGUGUUUGUUGUCUUCGUGUUGCAGGGCGGCCUGCAUGCCCAGUCCGAUGUUCUGGUCACGGCUCAUCCCCUCGUGAAACACCUUCUUGCCACCCUGCACACACAUACAGAGAUACACAGAGAGAGAGGUGCAUUCAUUAGAGCCCCGUUGCCCCUCCCUUCUCUCUCUGUAUGUGGGACAUCCAUCCGUCAGAUUGCCUUGAAAUAGGCGUUCAUGGCGAUGUCAUGGGUGUCGUGGCGGAGACCCUCGGCCAGCGAUGGACGCACGGGACUCAGGUGCUCACCAGACGACACGGGCCUGAUCACCACAAACAAACAAAGGCACCCAGAAAAAUGCCCCUCUCCUUCCUCUCCUCUCCCUCUCCUAUGUGUGUGCGUGUGUGUAUUGUUGGCGUACCCGGCGUUGUCCCCGAAGGCGAUGGAGCUGCGGAAGGUGGGCGACUGGGCGGCGGCCACCGAGGCGGCCUGGCCGAUCCCAACAGGGCCCAUCUCACCGCCGCCCGUCUGGAACACGUUGGAAUAGAGAUGCGGGCAGUCACGGGGCUGCUUCGACAACCUGCACACAACACAGCACAGCCAGUGCGACCAGCGCAUUCAAUUCAGUGCAAACGCAACAAAAGAACGUGUGGAUGCAGACGCAGACGGACGGAUGGACGGACGGACGGAUGCCUCAUCCCUCCCUUACCUACCAUGCCAGUUUGCCCUUGCCCUCAGCUUUCGUGUAGCCGGCGUCCAUGGUACUUAUCUUCCUCUUUCAAUCACACGCCGGCCGAUUCACACAGCACUAGGAAUGCAGAUGGCUGAUGGCACUGGACAAUAGCACGGCCGCAACGAGGCUCAGCCUCCUGCAGUAGUUUCCAGCGCCGACCGCAGCCGACGCGUCAGCAACAACACGCUACAGCAGAGUGUGUGGCACAGACGGUCUUGCGACGCCACCGGUGGGUAGAGGCGCGCUGCCUCAGCCCUGUGGUGGCCACAGAAUGCCCAUUUAAGC